AUGCGACACCACUGCUUACGGCAACUUCGUCUUGCGGCGAUACAAAAUCCCACCAGACACUUUAGCACUAGCGUAGGCCUACGCCACGCCUUCAAAGAGGGAGACACCGUUCUUCUCAGAGAUAAGAAAGACACAUCUGAUGGAAACCUCAUAAAGCUGCAGGCUGCGAAAACAACGCAAACUCACCGCGGCCUCAUUCAUCAUGCCAACGUUAUUGGCAAGGAGCCGCGUCAGAUAGUGCGGUCUUCGAAAGGCUUCGAAUACCGUGUCCAUGAGCCUACAUUAGCAGAGUACGUGCGGCUCACUCCACGUCUCGUCACACCUUUAUACCCUUCUGAUACGAACCUGAUCGUCUCCCUCCUAGACAUCCACGUCGACACGCCUUCGAGUGCCCUUAACAACGAACCGCGUUUUGAGAUCCUUGAAGCCGGCACAGGCCAUGGAGCCUUGACGUUGCACCUUGCUCGGGCUAUCCAUGCCGCGAACCCGCCGCUCGCCAAAAUUCCAGACUACGCAAUCAAUGUAGACGAACCAGAAGACGCUGUCUAUCUCGGAGAGUCCAUAUCAGACCUCCAGGACACAACAGUAGAGUCGUGGAAAUCAUGUAGACGCGCCAUUGUUCACACGUUGGAUAUUUCAAGCAAGCACUCAAAGCAUGCCAGAAAGAUCGUCCAGGGCUUCCGCCACGGUCUCUAUGCAGGCAACGUCGAUUUCCACGUAGGAGAUGUGUCUGCAUGGAUCGCAUCACAGAAGGUGAUCAGACAGACGGACGAGCCCUUUUUGGAUCAUGUGUUCUUGGAUCUGCCCAACGCAGAGUCUCACCUGGCCAACGUAGCACCGGCGUUGCAUGUGAACGGGUUUCUUGCUGUGUUCAACCCAAGCAUUACGCAGAUCGCACAAUGCGUGGAGAAGAUCCGCGAAGAGAAGCUACCAUAUCUACUCGAUCAAGUCGUUGAGCUGGGAGCAGGAACGAUCCGGGAGUGGGAUGUUCGGGCAGUCAGACCAAGAUCGACUCUGAAGAAGCCUGACGCUAAGGAAUCACCAGAGGUAGCAGAUGCAGAGUCUGUCGAUCCAGUCAAGGGCCAAGAGGCAAGAGACGGUGAGUUGGCAGCGAGCUUGGCCAAAGAGGAAGAGAAAUGGGCCAUGGUCUGCCGCCCAAAGGCGGGCCAGAUGGUGGUGGGCGGCGGAUUUCUGGCUUUGUGGAGACGCAUGGAGCGCCCGAAGAGUAAGGAGCAGAGUGAAGACGAGUCGAGCUAG